CAAGCCCUACUCUCACACCCAGCACUAGUACUCUCUCAAAUUGUAUCAUUCACAAUGGCUGCUUCCGCAAUGGCUCUCUCAUCUCCUUCUUUGGCCGGAAAGGCUGUGAAGCUCGGCCGAUCCGCCUCCGAGCUUCUCGGUGAAGGAAGGGUCACCAUGAGAAAGACUACAGCCAAGCCCAUCUCAUCCGGUAGCCCUUGGUAUGGUCCUGACCGUGUCAAGUACUUGGGCCCCUUCUCCGGUGAGCCUCCAUCCUAUCUCACAGGAGAAUUCCCCGGUGACUAUGGCUGGGACACUGCCGGGCUAUCGGCUGACCCCGAGACCUUCGCCAAGAACCGCGAGCUUGAGGUCAUCCACAGCAGAUGGGCUAUGCUUGGAGCCCUUGGUUGUGUCUUCCCUGAGCUCCUUUCACGUAAUGGAGUGAAGUUUGGCGAGGCCGUGUGGUUCAAGGCCGGUGCCCAAAUCUUCUCUGAAGGUGGAUUGGACUAUUUGGGUAACCCUAGUUUGAUCCAUGCACAGAGUAUUCUAGCCAUCUGGGCCACACAGGUUAUUUUGAUGGGGGCUAUUGAAGGCUACCGUGUUGCUGGUGGGCCUCUUGGUGAGGUGACUGACCCGCUCUACCCCGGUGGCAGCUUUGACCCACUUGGGCUUGCUGUUGAUCCUGAGGCUUUCGCUGAGUUGAAGGUGAAGGAGAUUAAGAAUGGUAGGUUAGCCAUGCUCUCCAUGUUUGGGUUCUUUGUUCAGGCCAUUGUGACUGGAAAGGGGCCUUUGGAGAACCUGGCUGACCAUCUUGCUGACCCUGUUAACAACAAUGCUUGGGCUUAUGCCACAAACUUUGUCCCUGGCAAGUGAGUGACUAGGGGAGUGUCUUCAUGGGGAACAGGUCCUUCCAUUUGAGUGUGCACUUGAUGAGAUUAUUGUUUCUGAUAUAAAUUGAA